UCAGAAGAAUGCCUUAAAACAUGAUUUGAGGGAAAUGGAGAGUGAAGCCUUCAACGGCUUGCUAGAAUAAGGAAAGAAUAAAUGCUCAGAGGAGAGCAAGUUGCCCCGCAUCUACGACUCUGAGGAAGCAGAGGAAUCGAGGCAGAGACUAGAGUAGGUUUAGAAGACGAAAAAUCAAAGAGAAAAGGAAGUUAAGGAGAAAGACGAUAUUUGAGAGAAAUUUGAUCCGGGAGGAGCGGAGAAAGUUUGCAGAAGUUGGAGGACCGCCGUGCAGAAAUUUGAACUCGAAACUCUCUUUGAGCAGAUUUAUGUAUGCAGGAAGUCUGAAAUUGUAGACCCAAGCAUGCUGUAAGCUUGUUCCCUAGAAGGCAGAGAAGGAAAGGAAAGCAACUGCAAAAGCAUAAGGGUUUAGAACAACUGUAAGAAUCUUGAAGCUCUUUUAUGAGCAAGAAUAAAGGUGCUGAAAGGAGAUGAGCCAAGGCUCAAGCUUUAAAGAGAAGGCCAUUGAUUUGUUGAAUCAAUUCGAGUGUAUCAUAGAAUCUGAUGAUUAUAUUGAUGAAGUUGGAUUCAUUCACUCUUCACAGUUUGCCACACUGAAUAAAGAGGCAGGAAUUUCUCUUAGGUCAUCUGAUGGUUGUGAACUGCAACUAGAGGAUGGGACUUCUAGUGCGGAUGAGAUCGCAAAUUUUUGGCACAGAGAUCAUAAAUUGGGAAUUUCAACCGAGAUUCUUCUUCCGUUGUAUAAGGUGGCCAGAAAUGCUUUUAUGUGUGCCCUUAGACAAUAUGAGACACCCAGAAAAUCCUCUGUUGAAUCUGGGGAUGAGAAUAUUGUUCGUCACAUUUCAUCUUUUUGUGACACUCUUGAAAGGGAAGUCAUGAAGCAUAGCAAGGCUCUUUUGUUGUUAAGCUCCGAUUUUGGUACUGCAUGGAAUGCCAGGAAGCUACUUGUGUCAAGGAAGGAGCACUUUUCGGUGUUUAUGGAUGAACUUGCAUUAUCAGCGCUUGUCCUUUCAUAUUCACCUAAAAGUGAGCAAGCUUGGUGUCAUAGGCGGUGGGUGAUCAAGAUGAUUGCUGGAAAAUGUCUGAGUAUGCAUGAGGUUUUACGCAAAGAAUCUGAGCUAGUGGAAAAAAUGGCAGAGAGAUCAAAAAUGAAUUAUCGUGCAUGGAAUCACCGUUGCUGGCUAGUUUCUUACAUGACAAGGGAACAGUUGCUUCAUGAGUUAAAUAAAUCUAGACAUUGGGCGGGAUUGCGCAUUGCAGACAAUUCUUGCUUCCACUAUCGCAGACUGCUAAUGCUCAAGAUUUUGGAGCAUUAUUUCAAUGAACAAGGAGAUGAAUCUUCUGGCUACAUCUCUGAAACUUAUCAAGUCUGGAAGAAGGAAAUAGACUGGAAUGAGGAAUUGAUAAAGCAUUAUGUAGGAAGAGAGGCAUUAUGGCUUCAUCGACGCUUCCUCUCCUUGUAUUGGAUGAGACAUUUUGCAUGUGAUCAUGGUUUGUCUACCCAUAUCAAACAGCAAACGAGCACAGAUAACCACAUUCGUUGCUUCAUGGAUAACGAGUUGCUUCUCUUAAACUCUUGCUCAAUCAUUCCGGACAGUGAAUUUGAGGAUUUUCAAGCACAAGCUUCACAUGCUGCUUCAUACAUAUUAUGGCUGUCAAAGCAAAUCCCCAAGUGCAAGCAGAUAGUCCAAGAGAAGCUAGCUUCAGGAAACUUGAAGAUUCUGCUGAAUAAGGCAUGUCCUGACAGGUCCUUCCUUUGGGAUCAUUUGGACUCCAUGGAAGUUUCUCACAAUUUAUGAGAAAGAACUAGACCUAAACUUUUUAUAAGACAUUACUGAUCAUACCUUUGGAUAAGUUUUAAGUGUUACUAUCCCUCAAGUUUUCUUAUUUUAAUUUGUUGUUAUGUAUGCCAGAACUGUUUGGAAGGUGGGGUUGUGCAGUGGGCAAUUUCCUGGAUAUUAAGGAUCUAUUUGUUUGCUAUAUGAAAAUAUGUUUGCACAUAAAAAA